AUGCCUAAGUCAAGCGGUGAUUGGAACGAUAAUGACAUGGGUAUCCCCAGGCCAGUGAUUCAUUGCGGUGGGAUUCUUGCAAAGCCCUUGACGGCUACGCGUGUGCAAAAGGGACUUCGUUUGCCUGCACUUGCAACUACUUCUUGGUCCAGAACUUCGAGUGUCUUGACUACAACUGACUCCCUACCAGUUGAUACUGGUAGCGGAGCUCAAGCUCCAGAGCUCCACUGCGCAACUCCUACUUCCUUGACGACUUUGCCACCAACCUUCACUUCACCUCCUACCAUCUCCUCGAGCACUUUGUGCCCUCGACCUGCAAAGCACAGUGGUUCCUCUCAGGUGUCAACCAGCCCUUCAAAGAAGCAGAACACAGAAGGCAUGGCCGCGACCCAGCUGCCUGAUGAACAUGGACACGUCCUAUUUGAGGACCAACUUGGACGCCCUCGCGUCGACUGCACCAUGAUGGACCCAGGAGCAAGUGCCUUUUUGAUGGGUACUGGCCCAUUCCACCGUUAUGUGGAGCAUCUCAAACAGCUUGGAUUUGCCGUGGAAACCAUUGAGAUGCGGCGCACUUGCCGGACUUUUCACUUUGGACAUCCAUGGCCCUGGCGACAAAUCACAAUUGGUCGUCAUGGCGAAUACUUGCUGUCCUUGACGGAAGACUAUGAGGCCGAGCUUGCUGAUCAGGUGCCUUCCUUCGAUCUUCGACUUGAAGACCAAGCUGAUGAGUUUCAGUCCUCUGGCGAGGUCAUGGAUUUUCAGACCUACCAGAAGCAGGAAGGUGUUUUCACUUCCAACGAUGACUCUCCGACACAGCCUGGAGAGCGACCUGUCCUGAUCAAGCACUGGAAUCACUUGGACUUUCGACUGGACCACAGCCUGAUCCUCUUGGAUUUGAGGACAUCGCUCAACCUGGACUUGUUGAGCCAGCUGGAUCCGAUGGACUUCAUGGACUUACUGAACUUUUACAUGAUCCAGCGAUGGAUGUGCCGAUCAGCAUGGGAGAGCCGUCACGCGAACCCAGUCCAAAAUCUGAAUUUCAAGCACCUCAAUCUCUUGAACCACCUCAACAUCCAAUUCCAUCUCCAUCUACAGUUCAACACCCUGAACCACCUCAACAGCCAGUUGCUCAAGCUCCACAACUUGACCCAUACACUGCCUCCUUGUAUCAACCUGCGACAGAUGAAGACUUUCGAGCUCACCGGCGAUCUCGAAACUGCGGCACUGCCAACGGGUUGGAAGUUUGAAGACGGCUACAUCACCUUGGAAGACCACACCAAAGAUUUUUGGGAGCUCAAAGCAGGAUGUCUGAUUCGACAUCACGUUGCCUUUGAGACUGAACCCACCGAAGCUUUUGUGAAUGACCAGCACUCACAGAAUGACACAGCGUUUGAAGAGAACUUUGACCAUGAGAAUUUCCAGGCCCCUGUCGAGACCUAUGCAAGCCAUGGCGGCGGCUCUUUGUUGCUGCGCUACGUUUUGCUGGUGACCAUGGUGCAGAGCACAGCUGCAUCAGACCUCUUUUCUGGAAAUCAAUGCAGUUUGGAAGAUGCACCCAUUGAGUUUUCAGAGACAGAUGACAUUUAUCUUUUUCUGGCCUUUGGCGUUUUCCUGCUGUGUACUUUUGGUUUUGGCUUGAUCUGCGUUUUCGCACGACUGCUGAAGGAACUAGUUGCCUCCCGAAGGGACGGGCAUGCCCAGCUACGUGUGGACCAUGCGGAACAGCAAGCUGAAAACAUACAGCUUCAACAGCGUGUCAUCGACAUCAAUGCGCAAAUCACUGACCAACAGACGGAGAUCCGUCGACUGCGUGCGGAGCUGAUAGCUGCCCAAGGUCGAUUGGUCGAUCAACAGUUUGUCAUUGAUGAUCAUGCUGCAAUCAGAGAGCAAGAAAGAACACAAGAUCAAAGAUCUAUUCGUACUGCAGUUGGUCUUUUAGACCGCAUUCUGGAUGAGACACGAAAUUUGAAUCAAGUCAGGAUUUAUUUCGCUGUAACUGGAAGAUGCUGGCACCGUCGCCACGACUGCAACGGAUUGAACAAUGCCAAUCAAGUUGAAGAGCGAUACGCUUGUUCUUUCUGCCUAGCGAGUUUGCCGCCAUAUGAGGUGGGAACCAAACGUGGUAUCAAACAUGGAGCUUUGACCGUCCGAAAUGGGGGUGCAACGAGAGAAAACACCGGGAUAUCACCGAUGAAUUCAUAG